GGACUGGAGGACCGGGGGAGGGGAGUAAACAUGGCGGCGUCCAGCGACAGUCUGUGAGUCAGGCAUAGACGGACGGUGCCGUGACAGAGACCGGAGAGGGGGGAAGGAGGGUGUACGAGCACUCCGGGACUGAGACCCCCCCACCCUGCUUGGAGAGGAGGAGGAGGGGCCGUGUACCGCUAUAGGGGCGGGGACAGAGUCCCGGGUACAAGGCGGCUGUGUGCAGGUCUUAAUGCAAAAUGAAUAUAAUUAAAGAGAACAAGGACCUGGCCUGCUUCUAUACCACAAAGCAUUCCUGGAGGGGAAGAUAUAAGAGAGUAUUUUCUGUGGGAACACAUGCCAUUACGACGUACAACCCAACCACCCUUGAAGUUACAAAUCAGUGGCCUUAUGGAGACAUUUGCGGUAUCAGCCCUGUGGGCAAAGGACAAGGAUCAGAAUUUGCUCUUACAUUUCGAAAGGGCAGUGGGAGGAAAUCUGAAACAUUAAAAUUUUCUACAGAUCACAGAACAGAACUUCUUACUGAAGCCCUGAGAUUUAGAACCGACUUCUCUGAAGGGAAGAUUACUGGAAGGAGGUAUAACUGCUAUAAACAUCACUGGAGUGAUACAAGGAGAUUAGUCACUCUGGAAGUGACUCCUGGGGGAAUAGACCAAAUUGAUACAGCAACAAAUCGUGUCCUCUGCUCUUAUGACUAUCGGAAUAUAGAAGGCUUUGCAGAGGUACCCGACUACCAAGGAGGAUUUUGCAUUCUCUAUGGGGGUUUUAGUCGUCUGCAUUUAUUUGCAACAGAACAAAGGGAUGAAAUCAUUAAAAGUGCCAUAGAACAUGCUGGAAACUACAUAGGAAUUUCCUUGAGGAUAAGAAAAGAACCAUUAGAAUUCGAACAAUUUUUGAGUCUUCGAAUGGGCAAAUAUAGCAAUGAUGAAUCUAUCACCUCAUUAGCAGAAUUUAUUGUUCAAAAAAUCAGUCCAAGACAUACGGAGCCUGUGAAAAGAUUAUUAGCACUUACUGAAACUUGUCUAGUAGAGCGAGACCCGGCAACCUACAAUAUUGUAACACUGAAACCACUAGGAGAGAUUUUUGCACUUGUUUAUGAUCCUCAAAAUCCUCAACUCUUUACCAUUGAAUUUAUUAGAGGACAAAUUCGUAAAUAUUCUUCAACUGAAAGAGAUUCCUUGCUGGCAAGUCUUUUGGAUGGAGUCAGAGCUUCCGGAAAUAGGGAUGUGUGUGUCAAAAUGACCCCGACUCCAAGGGGGCAACGAUGGGGUCUUAUGAGUGUGCCUGUGGAUGAAGAAGUAGAAAGUCUUCAUUUGAGGUUCCUUAUAGCUCCUCCAAAUGGAGUGUUCGCAGAUUCUGUCUUUAGAUUCAACUCUAAUAUUUCUUACAGUGGAGUUCUUCAUGCUGUAACGCAAGAUGGUCUUUUCUCUGAGAACAAAGAGAAGUUGAUAAAUAAUGCCAUAACAUCCUUACUCUCCCAAGAAGGAGACCAAGCAGCAUCGAAUCCAGAGCUGGAAAGCCAGUUCCAGGCAGUCAGGCGAUUAGUGGCUUCAAAAGCUGGAUUCCUGGCCUUUACUCAGCUACCAAAGUUUCGGGAGCGUCUUGGAGUAAAAGUAGUGAAGGCACUGAAGAGGAACAAUGAUGGUGUUACCCAUGCUGCUAUUGACAUGCUCUGUGCACUUAUGUGUCCAAUGCAUGACGACUAUGACCUAAGGCAAGAGCAACUGAACAAAGCAUCCCUUCUCUCUUCCAAAAAGUUUCUGGAAAACUUACUCGAAAAAUUUAACUCUUAUGUGAGUUACGGGACUGGUGCUCUGGUUAUCAGCUCACUCCUGGAUUUCCUCACCUUUGCGCUGUGUGCCCCAUACAGCGAGACAACAGAAGGGCAGCAGUUUGACAUGCUACUUGAGAUGGUGGCAUCAAAUGGUAGAACACUCUUCAAACUUUUUCAGCAUCCGUCGAUGGCCAUUAUAAAAGGAGCUGGUUUAGUAAUGAAGGCUAUCAUAGAAGAAGCCGACAAAGAAAUUGCAACAAAAAUGCAAGAUCUUGCUCUCUGUGAAGGUGCCUUACCUCGACACUUGCACACUGCCAUGUUUACAAUAAGUGUUGAUCAGAGAAUGCUUACAAACAGACAGUUGAGCAGACACUUAGUGGGUCUUUGGACAGCAGAAAAUACAACAUCUUUUAAUUUGCUCAAGCGCAUUUUGCCCACAGGUUUGCUAAUAUACCUGGACAGUAAGGAUCCAGUACCAGAAAAGGAUAUUGAUCGAAUGCAUAUCAGGGAUAAUUUAAAAAUUGCAACUGACCAAUAUGGACAAUUCAACAAAGUCCCUGAGUGGCAAAGGAUUGCUGGAAAAGCUGCUAAGGAAGUUGAAAAAUUUGCCAAGGAAAAAGUUGACUUGGUGUUGCUGCACUGGAGGGAUAGGAUGGGAAUAGCACAAAAAGAGGAUAGAAAUCUGAAUUUAACCCAAAAGCCUGUUAUCCUUCGAAAAAGACGACAGAGAAUAAAAAUUGAAUUUAACUGGGAACUUUUCUACUACAGAUUCCAUCAGGAUCAUGCAAGGUCAAAUUUGAUCUGGAAUUAUAAAACCAGGGAAGAGUUAAGAGACACACUUGAGGCUGAAAUGCGAGCAUUUAAUGUGGACAGGGAGCUUGGAAGCUCAACCGUGAUCUCUUGGAACCACCAUGAGUUUGAGGUAAAAUACGAGUGCCUCGCUGAUGAGAUAAAAAUAGGAGAUUACUAUUUACGUCUUCUUUUGGAAGAAGAUGAGAAUGAAGAAAACAGUGUUAUAAAGCAAUCGAAUGAAUUUUUCAAUGAACUCUACCACCGUUUCCUCCUCACUCCGAAAGUGAACAUGAAGUGCUUAUGUUUACAAGCCCUGGCCAUUGUUUAUGGCAGAUGCCAUGAAGAAAUAGGGCCCUUUCCAGACACAAAGUACAUCAUUGGAAUGCUCGAGAGGUGCACAGACAGACUAGAAAGGGACAGGCUCAUCUUAUUUUUAAACAAGCUGAUUCUUAAUAAGAAAAAUGUGAGAGAUGUGAUGGACUCCAAUGGAGUUAGGAUCAUGGUUGAUCUCCUUACCUUGGCACAUCUUCACACCAGCAGAGCUACAGUUCCACUUCAGAGCAAUGUUAUUGAAGCAGCUCCUGAUAUGAAGAGAGAAAGUGAGAAGGAGUGGUAUUUCGGUAAUGCAGACAAGGAAAGACGUGGCCCUUACAGUUUUGUUGAGAUGCAAGAAUUCUGGAACAAUGGAGUACUAACCUCGAAAACGCGCUGCUGGGCCCAGGGAAUGGAUGGUUGGAGACCUCUGCAAGUCAUACCCCAGCUGAAAUGGUGUUUGCUGGCAAGCGGUCAAGCUGUCCUAAAUGAAACUGAUUUGGCCACUUUAAUUUUAAAUAUGCUUAUCACUAUGUGUUCAUACUUUCCAAGCCGUGAUCAAGACAAUGCCAUUAUUAGACCUUUACCGAAGGUGAAACGACUGCUGACUGACAAUACUUGCCUUCCCCACAUCACACAGCUUUUGCUUACGUUUGACCCAAUCCUGGUAGAGAAAGUCUCCAUUUUGCUCUAUCACAUCAUGCAAGACAACCCCCAGCUGCCUCGUUUCUAUCUCACUGGAGUCUUCUUCUUUAUAAUGAUGUAUACUGGCUCCAAUGUGCUUCCUAUAGCCAGGUUCCUGAAGUACACUCAUACAAAACAAGCUUUCAGAUCAGAAGAGAGCAAAGGGCCUGAUAUAUUUCAGCGGAGUAUACUUGGCCAUAUUCUUCCUGAAGCUAUGGUGUGCUAUCUGGAAAAUUACGAGUCUGAGAAAUUUUCAGAAAUAUUUCUUGGAGAAUUUGAUACUCCAGAGGCUAUAUGGAGCAGUGAGAUGAGACGUCUCAUGAUUGAGAAAAUUGCUGCCCAUUUAGCUGACUUCAGCCCUCGACUUCAGAGUAACACAAGAGCACUUUAUCAGUAUUGCCCUAUUCCAGUAAUCAACUACCCUCAACUGGAGAAUGAGUUGUUCUGCAACAUAUACUACCUGAAACAUUUCUGUGACACGCUCAGGUUUCCUGAUUGGCCCAUCAAAGAUCCUGUAAAACUGCUAAAAGACACCUUAGACGCAUGGAAAAAAGAAGUGGAGAAAAAACCUCCAACAAUGUCAAUAGAAGAUGCUUAUGAAGUUCUUGGCCUUCCAAAAGGGCAAGGACAGCAAGAUGAGAGCAAAAUCAGGAAAGCAUACUUUAGACUUGCACAGAAAUAUCAUCCAGACAAGAAUCCCGAAGGAAGGGAUAUGUUUGAAAAAGUUAAUAAAGCUUAUGAGUUUCUGUGUACAAAGUCAAGCAAAAUUGUGGAUGGACCAGACCCAGAAAAUAUCAUUUUAAUUCUUAAAACUCAGAGCAUACUUUUCAAGAGGCAUAAGGAAGACCUUCAGCCUUACAAAUACGCUGGCUAUCCCAUGCUCAUCAAAACCAUCACCAGGGAGACUUCUGAUGAUCAACUCUUCUCUAAGUUGUCUCUGUUGCCAGCCUCCACUGAGCUGGCAUUUCACACAGUCAACUGUUCAGCCCUUAAUGCAGAAGAACUCAGGAGGGAAAAUGGCAUAGAGGUACUACAAGAGGCUUUUUCACGCUGUGUUUCAGUGUUAACUGGAUCAAGUAAACCAGAUGACAUGGCUGUGCAGGUGUGUGCACAUAUAUGCAAGUGUUACAGUGUUGCUGCUCAGUUUGAAGAAUGCAGAGAGAAGAUUAUAGAGAUGCCAAAUAUCAUUAAAGACCUCUGCAGAGUUUUGUAUUAUGGCAAGAGAGUCCAAAGAUUAGCAACCCAGGCCGUAGAAUGCGUUAGUUCCUUUGCUGUGGAUUACUUUCUUCAGACACACUUGUACCAUGCAGGGAUUUUGUGGCAUUUACUUAUUUAUCCUUUCAACUAUGACUUUACCUUGGAGGAGAGUGGUAUUCAAAAGAAUGAAGACACUAAUCAACAGGAAGUUGCCAAUAGUCUCGCCAAGCUCAGUCUUCUUGCAGUUAGCCGAUUAGGUGGUUAUUUACCUGGAGAGCUGACAACGCCAGAAAACCCAACAAUACAGAAGAGCUUGGCUGGGAUGCUCACCCCUUAUAUUGCUCGGAAGCUGUCUGUGUCUUCUCCUGCAGAGAUACUUAAAAUGCUGAACAGUAAUUCAGAAAGCCCAUACCUGAUAUGGAACAAUGGCACAAGAGCAGAGCUGCUGGAAUUUCUUGAAUCUGAACAAGAAAGCAUGACACGAAGGGGAGAAUGUGAUAAAGGCUAUGGAGCCGACUUUGUUUUCGGUGAUCAUGCCAAGGAGCUCAUUGUCGGAGAGAUUUUUGUACGGGUAUAUAAUGAGCAACCCACAUUCCAACUGGAGGUCCCAAAAGCUUUUGCAGCAAGUCUGCUGGAUUACAUUGGAUCUCAAGCACAGUACCUCCAUACACUAAUGGCGAUGACCCAGACCGGCAAGGUGGAGUCUGAUCAGCAUGUAGACCGACUGCAGAGGGUUGAAAUGGCUCUGGAAGCACUUAGGAAUGUCAUCAAACACAACCCUGGAUCAGAAACUGAAUGUAUUGGCCAUUUUAAGUUGAUAUUUUCUUUACUGCGAGUCCAUGGAGCUGGGAAGGUUCAGCAGCUUGCACUGGAGGUGGUCAACAUUGUCACCAGUAAUCAGGAAUGUGUAAAUAACAUUGCAGAAGCCAUGGUACUAUCCAGUUUGUUAUCACUCCUGCAUUCAUUACCAACAAGUCGACAGCUUGUUCUUGCAACUCUGUAUGCCUUAACGUCUAGUACAAAAAUCAUCAAAGAGGCUAUGGCCAAAGGAGCCCUAAUCUACUUGUUGGACAUGUUUUGCAAUUCAACUCACCCCCAAGUACGAACACAGACGGCAGAGUUAUUUGCCAAAAUGAUAACUGAUAAACUUAUUGGUCCUAAGGUCAGAAUCGCUUUGAUGAAGUUUUUACCUGGGGUAUUUAUGGACGCCAUGAGGGAUAACCCUGAAGCUUCUGUACAUAUAUUUGAAGGAACCCAUGAAAACCCAGAACUAAUUUGGAAUGAUAAUUCCAGAGAAAAAGUAUCGACCACGGUUCGAGAAAUGAUGCUGGAGCACUUUAAGCAGCAAGUAGAAAAUCCUGAUGCAAACUGGAAGUUACCGGAUGAUUUUUGUAUUGCGUUCGGAGAGGCCAAUGGAGAACUGUCAGUGGGUGGCGUUUUCUUACGAAUAUUCAUUGCACAGCCUGCUUGGGUGCUGCGGAAGCCAAGAGAAUUUCUUGUGGCUCUUUUGGAAAAGUUUACUGAAUUACUGGAAAAAAAUAAUGCUCAUGGUGAAACUUUAGAAACCGUGACCACUGCAACAGUUUGUCUGUUUAGUGCACAACCUCAAUUAUUGGACCAAGUCCCACCUUUGGGUCACCUACCCAAGAUACUCCAUGCAAUGAGCCACAAGAAUAAUGCAAUUCCAAAGUGUGCAAUACGGGUCAUCCACACAAUGACAGAUAAUGAGCUCUGUGUUCGAUCAAUGGCUUCACUUGAGACAAUUGGACCUCUGAUUUGUGGAAUGAAAAAACGCUCAGACAUGAUAGGAUUGGCGUGUGAAGCACUUAACAGGAUGUUCCAAAAAGAGCAAACUGAGCUUGUAGCACAAGCUCUAAAAGUGGAAUUGGUUCCAUAUUUGCUAAGAUUACUUGAAGGACAAGGUCUGGAAAACAUAGAAAGUCCAGCGGCAACAAAAGCUCAGAUAGUUAAAGCAUUGAAGUCAAUGACUCGCAGCCUGCAGUAUGGCGAACAGGUGAAUGAAAUCCUGUCUCGAUCCUCUGUCUGGAGUGCCUUUAAAGAUCAGAAACAUGACUUGUUCAUUUCUGAAUCACAAACAGCAGGAUACCUCACUGGACCUGGCAUUGCUGGCUACCUUACUGCAGGGUCUUCAUCAAAUGUUAUGCCCAACAAGCCACCACCAGUGGACCAUGAAGUAGGAGAUCUGGGAUAGACCGCGAAGACUAUAAACCAAUGAGGAUGCAAAUAGACCUAAUCGCUAAUUGUUGCACGAGGGAUAGCGCCACAAGUCUUUCCCUCUUCCCCCAGGGUUGAUUGAAAGGACUUUAUUUUCUGCCUUCCUUGUUUUACAAAGAAAAUUGUUAUUCCUUUUUGUAAUAAAUAUAUUUUUAUUUAGGGAUAAAGAAAUAAAUACAUCUGGGAUGUGUGAUUCUGACCUAGCAUCGCUAUGUAUUAUAAAUUCUGAAAGCACUCUGUGAUCAGCUGUCUGGUUACACAAACUUUUUGUUGUCUCCUUUUUUUUUGUAUCCAAGCACAUUCUGUUCCUUCUUUUCAUUUGUUUACAAGACUGUGAAUCAAAAUAAUAAUCUCCCUCUGUUCGAAGUUUUAUAUUCCACGAAUUGGCAAAGCUGUGGGUUAGAAGGAAGAAAAGUCUGAAGGGCAUUCUGUUUCCGUUUUCUGCCAUGUUUGUUGUGGUUGGGCUCACUGAACCAGUACCAGUUUCUGACAGUGUUCAUUAUUUGUGUCCUUUUACUGUUAAUUAACACUAUCCUCUCCAGACUGGAGAGAAGAGGAUAUUCCCGUGUACAGCAUAGCUUUACCAAAUAAUAAAGUGAAUAUGAAAAUGUCAGCCUGUUAUGUAAGACCCUAGUGAAAUAGUGACAUGAUUCCUACAUUAUUAUCCAGUAUAUACAGCUUUCUAUGAAUGUACAUUAUACAGAUCAUACAUUCGUGUACAUAAAAUUUUAAGAAAAUAAAGGGAAUUGACAACCUU